AUGGUAUCAGACCAAGAGUUGGCAUCGGCCCUUCCAGCAGUUAAGAUGAGGACCCUAAGGUCUGAGGGAACCAUCCGCAAGCUGAGAAAGGCUGAUCAAAACCCGGGCCCCUGCUAUUCUAAAAGGAGAUGGCACUGGGCCAAGGUUUCUGGCCUCAGGUCAAUGGGUAGAAAAGUCCGAGGUCCUAACAUAAGUAAAGGUGAGGACCCUGUGAGUGAGGUCCGAGUAACCUCCCACCCCCAAAAGAUGGGUUUUCGCAGAGUCCUGACACUGCUCUCAGCCCAGGGAGGGCCAAGGUCACUGGUUCACCUGUCCACAUCUCUGCUGCACCUGAACAGAGUUAUCAUGCCUCGGGGUCAGAAGAGUAAGCUCCGGGCCCGUGAGAAACAUCGCCAGGCCCGAGAAAGGUCACAGGAUCUGGGUCCUCAGACAGCCACAUUCACCACCAGUACGGCAGCCAUGUCAUACAUGAGAUCAAAUGAAGGCACCAAUGAAGUACAGGAAAUGCCAAGAUCCUCCCAGAACCCAACAGCCACUGAGCCCUUCAGUAGAAGCCCUCUAGGGGAGAAGGUAUUUAUAUUGGUGUACUACUUGCUGUACAAAUAUCAAACAAAAGAGCCCAUUACCAAGGCAGGUAUGCUGAGAAAUGUAAUUCAGAUCUACAGGAAUUACUUCCACGUGAUCUUCAGGAAAGCCUCUGAGCACUUGGAGCUGGUCUUUGGCCUCGACAUAAAGGAAGUGGAUCCCAAUAGGCACAUCUAUGUGCUAGUCAACAAACUGGAACCAAGCUAUGACGGGAAGCUGAGUAGGGAUAGUAAUGUGCCUGAGACUGGUCUGCUGAUGACUGUUCUGGGAGUGAUCUUCACAAAGGGCAACUGUGCCACUGAGGAGCAAAUCUGGGAAGUGCUGAAUAUGAUGGGGUUAUACCCUGGAAGGAAGCACUUCAUCUAUGGAGAGCCCAGGAAGCUCAUCACCAGAGAUUUGGUGAAAGAAAAUUACCUGGAGUACAGGCAGGUGGUCAACAGUGAUCCUCCACGCUAUGAGUUCCUGUGGGGUCCCAGAGCCCUUGCUGAGACCAGCAAGAUGAGAGUUCUUGAGUUUCUGGCCAAGAUACAUGAUACCGUCCCCACUGCCUUCCCAUUCUAUUAUGAAGAGGCUUUGAGGGAUGAGGAAGAGCGUGCCCAAGCCAGAGCUACAGCCAGGGCUCUUAUUGCUGCCAAGGCCAGUGCACGCUCCAGGGCCAUGGCUAGCAGCUCCUCCCACCCCUAG